CCCACAUCACACCACCAUGAUGUUGCUGUCAAAGGCGCUGUUGUAGUCAUCAUCUAGCUACCUAGGUAGCGUGCCGCUUGUCUCGAUAUGAUGUAACUGCUUAGCAUUGCAGGACAACAUGUGUACGCCCAGGGGUUGAAUCAAGGAAAUAUUAACAAAUCUUUCGGGAUUCACUCUUCAGAAUUACUUGCCGAUUUCUUUUUCACGUCUUUGGGGGCUGCCAGCGUCGUUCAGCCAUGGCAGAGCAGGAGCAUCCUGCUAAGAAGCCUCCAGCUGCAGCUGCGCUGCAUUCCCACUUCAUGGUGGGCUUGGUCUCCGAGGAGAACUCCGAGGAUGAGAUCCCGCUCAAACUCGCCCACUUGCUGGACGAGGAGAAGGAACGCUCUCUAUCGCCGUCGUCAGUCAGCUCCGACAGCACGAGUGAAAUGGGCUUCGAUGGAACUGCUCCCAACCUGAGGCCAAGCAUGUCAGGCCUCCACCUGAUGAAGCAGGGCAGAGACCGAAGACGUAUUGACCUACAGAGGGACUUCACCGUGGCAUCACCUGCAGAGUUUGUCACCCGCUUCGGGGGCAACAAAGUCAUUGAAAAGGUCCUCAUCGCCAAUAACGGCAUCGCCGCUGUGAAGUGCAUGCGCUCCAUUCGCCGCUGGGCUUACGAGAUGUUCCGGAACGAGCGCAUCAUCCGCUUCGUGGUCAUGGUUACGCCAGAGGAUCUGAAGGCCAAUGCUGAGUACAUUAAAAUGGCUGACCACUACGUGCCUGUGCCCGGGGGGACAAAUAACAACAAUUACGCCAAUGUUGAACUCAUUCUGGACAUUGCCAAACGGAUACCCGUCCAGGCAGUGUGGGCAGGCUGGGGCCACGCAUCAGAGAAUCCCAAACUACCAGAGCUGCUGCACAAGAACGGAAUCGCUUUCAUGGGUCCACCCAGCCAGGCCAUGUGGGCUCUGGGCGAUAAGAUUGCCUCUUCCAUUGUGGCCCAGACUGCAGGCAUACCCACCCUGCCCUGGAGUGGAUCAGGUCUCACUGUUGAGUGGUCUGAGAGCGACCAGAAGAAGAGAAUCAUCAACGUGCCCCCAGAGCUCUAUGAGUUAGGGUGCAUCCAGGAUGUAGAGGAAGGAUUAAAGGGUGCGGAAAAGGUGGGCUACCCCGUCAUGAUCAAGGCCUCCGAGGGAGGUGGAGGGAAGGGCAUCCGCAAGGUCAACUGUGCCGAUGAUUUCCCCAACCUCUUCAGACAAGUUCAGACGGAGGUGCCAGGCUCGCCCAUUUUUGUCAUGGAGCUGGCGAAACACGCGCGCCACCUGGAGGUGCAGAUCCUGGCCGACCAGUACGGCAACGCCAUCUCCCUGUUCGGCCGCGACUGCUCCGUCCAGCGGCGCCACCAGAAGAUCAUCGAGGAGGCCCCGGCGACCAUCGCCACCUCAGACGUCUUCGAGGACAUGGAGAGAUGUGCGGUGCGGCUGGCUAAGAUGGUGGGCUAUGUGAGUGCGGGGACAGUGGAGUACCUCUACAGUCCCGACAGCAGCUUCUACUUCCUGGAGCUGAACCCACGUCUGCAGGUGGAACACCCCUGCACUGAGAUGGUAGCCGAUGUCAACCUGCCCGCUGCCCAGCUACAGAUCGCCAUGGGCAUCCCUCUGCACCGCAUUAAGGACAUUCGCAUGAUGUAUGGCGUGCAGCCGUGGGGAGACUCGCCCAUCGACUUUGAGGGGCUCUUUGCUGCCCCCUCUCCACGAGGACACGUCAUUGCAGCCCGCAUCACCAGUGAGAACCCAGAUGAGGGGUUCAAGCCCAGCUCGGGCACCGUGCAGGAGCUCAACUUCCGCAGCAAUAAGAACGUGUGGGGCUACUUCAGUGUGGCGGCGGCCGGGGGUCUGCACGAGUUCGCAGACUCUCAGUUUGGCCACUGCUUCUCCUGGGGGGAGAACCGAGAGGAGGCCAUCUCUAACAUGGUGGUAGCUCUGAAGGAGCUGUCCAUCAGAGGAGACUUCAGGACCACGGUGGAGUAUCUCAUCAAGCUGCUGGAGACGGAGAGCUUUCAGCACAACAGCAUCGACACAGGCUGGUUAGACAGGCUGAUUUCUGAGAAGAUGCAGGCUGAGAGGCCUGACACCAUGCUGGGGAUCGUCAGCGGAGCACUCCAUGUGGCUGAUGUCAGCUUCAGGAACAGUGUAUCCAACUUCCUGCACUCGCUGGAAAGGGGUCAGGUGUUGCCCGCUCACACGCUGCUGAACACGGUGGACGUGGAGCUGAUCUACGAGGGCACUAAGUACGUGCUGACCGUGACCCGUCAGUCGCCCAACUCCUACGUGGUGAUCAUGAACUGCUCGUCGGCCGAGGUGGACGUGCACCGGCUCAGUGACGGAGGCCUGCUGCUCUCCUACGACGGCUCCAGCUACACCACCUACAUGAAGGAGGAGAUCGACAGGUACCGCAUCACCAUCGGCAACAAGACGUGUGUGUUUGAGAAGGAGAACGACCCGUCUCUGCUGCGCUCGCCCUCGGCUGGCAAACUCAUCCAGUACACCGUGGAGGACGGGGGACACGUGUUCAAUGGCCACUGCUAUGCUGAAAUAGAGGUGAUGAAGAUGGUGAUGACGCUGACUGCGAUGGAGUCUGGCUGUAUUCACUAUGUGAAGAGAGCCGGAGCCGUCCUGGAACCUGGCUGUGUGAUCGCCAAACUACAGCUGGACGACCCCAGCAGAGUGCAACAGGCGGAGCUGCACCACGGGGCCCUGCCCGUCAUCCAGGCGGUGGCCCUGAGAGGGGAGAAGCUGCACAGGGUCUUCCACAACACCCUGGACCACCUGCUGCACGUCAUGAACGGAUACUGCCUGCCCGAGCCCUUCUUCGGUGGCAAGCUGAAGGAGUGGGUGGAGCGGCUGAUGAAGACGCUGAGGGACCCUUCGCUGCCCCUGCUGGAGCUGCAGGACAUCAUGACCAGCGUCUCCGGGCGCAUCCCCCCCGCCGUGGAGAAGUCCAUCAAGAAAGAAAUGGCCCAGUACGCCAGCAACAUCACCUCAGUCCUCUGCCAGUUCCCCAGCCAGCAGAUUGCCAAUAUCCUGGAUAGUCACGCGGCCACUCUUAACCGGAAGUCAGAGCGCGAGGUCUUCUUCAUGAACACCCAGAGCAUUGUGCAGCUGGUCCAGAAGUACCGCAGUGGCAUCCGCGGGCACAUGAAGGCCGUGGUGAUGGACCUGCUCCGGCAGUACCUGAAGGUGGAGGUGCAGUUUCAGCAUGGGCAUUAUGACAAAUGCGUGUUCCACCUACGUGAGGAAAACAAAGGCGACAUGGCCACUGUGCUGAACUACAUCUUCUCCCACGCUCAAGUCACAAAGAAGAACUCCCUGGUCACCAUGCUCAUUGACCAGCUGUGUGGGCGGGACCCCACGCUGACGGACGAGCUGAUGGCCAUUCUGACGGAGCUCACCCAGCUCAGCAAGACCACCAACGCCAAGGUGGCCCUGAGAGCGCGCCAGGUGCUGAUCGCCUCUCACCUGCCCUCCUACGAGCUGCGGCACAAUCAGGUGGAGUCCAUCUUCCUGUCGGCCAUUGACAUGUACGGCCAUCAGUUCUGCAUCGAGAACCUCCAGAAACUGAUCUUGUCAGAAACCUCCAUCUUCGACGUACUUCCCAACUUCUUCUACCACACCAAUCAGGUGGUCAGGAUGGCUGCACUGGAGGUGUACGUGCGCAGGGCAUACAUCGCCUACGAGCUCAACAGCGUGCAACAUCGCCAGCUGAGGGAUAACACCUGUGUGGUGGAGUUCCAGUUCAUGCUCCCCACCUCACACCCCAACAGAGGGAACAUCCCCACUUUAAACAGAUGUCUCCUCCGGAACGCCAUCAGGCUAAAGCGGCUAACACAGCAGCCCCAGCCAGUAACAUCCCCAGUAGCAAACCUCAAAAUGUCAUUCUCCUCCAACCUGAACCAUUACGGCAUGGCACAUAUGGCCAGCGUGAGUGAUGUGCUGCUGGACACCUCCUUCACCCCACCCUGCCAGCGGAUGGGAGCCAUGGUGUCCUUCCAGUCAUUCCAGGAGUUCACCAGGUUUAGUGGAUUUGGUGUCUCGUCUCCCUCCAGGAACAUUAGGGACGUGUUGAGCUGCUUCUCAGACUCCCCGCCGUCCAGCCCCACCUUCCCAGAGGGGGGGAACCCAGUCCUCUACGGAGAGGACGACAACAAGAGCAUCCUAGAUGAGCCCAUCCAUAUCCUCAACGUGGCCAUUAAGACGGACAGUGACAUCGACGACGAUGGACUGGCAGCCAUGUUCCGCGAGUUCACCCAGACAAAGAGAACCAUGCUGUUUGAACAUGGCAUCCGCAGACUGACUUUCCUGGUAGCUCAGAAGGAUUUCAGGAAGCAGGUGAAUUGUGAAGUGGACCAGCGCUUCCAUAGGGAGUUCCCCAAAUUUUUCACCUUCCGUGCCCGAGACAAGUUUGAGGAGGACCGCAUCUACAGGCACCUGGAGCCCGCCCUUGCCUUCCAGCUGGAGCUGAACCGCAUGCGUAACUUCGCCCUGACCGCCAUCCCCUGUGCCAACCACAAGAUGCACCUGUAUCUGGGCGCCGCGCGCGUGGAGGCGGGCGCCGAGGUCACGGACUACCGCUUCUUUGUGCGCGCCAUCAUCCGCCACUCCGACCUGGUCACCAAGGAGGCCUCCUUUGAGUACCUGCACAAUGAGGCCGAGAGGCUGCUUCUGGAGGCCAUGGACGAGCUGGAGGUGGCCUUCAACAACACCACCGUCCGCACCGACUGCAACCACAUCUUCCUCAACUUUGUGCCCACUGUCAUCAUGGACCCCUCCAAGAUCGAGGAGUCUGUGCGCUCUAUGGUGAUGCGCUACGGCAGUCGGCUGUGGAAGCUGCGCGUGCUGCAGGCCGAGCUGAAGAUCAACAUCCGGCUGACGCCCACAGGCAAGCAGAUCCCCAUCCGCCUCUUCCUCACCAACGAGUCUGGAUACUAUCUGGACAUCAGCCUCUACAAGGAGGUCACCGACACCCGCACUGGACAGAUCAUGUUCCAGGCGUACGGGGACAAGCAGGGCCCCCUGCACGGCAUGCUCAUCAACACGCCCUACGUCACCAAAGACCUGCUGCAGUCCAAGCGCUUCCAGGCCCAGAGUCUGGGCACCACCUACGUCUACGACUUCCCCGAGAUGUUCAGACAGUCCCUGAGGAAGCUGUGGACGAGCAUGGAGACUUUCGCCCGGCUGCCCAAGUGCCCUCUGCCCUCUGAGCUGCUCACCUUCACCGAGCUGGUGCUGGACCCGGCGGGCCUGCUGGUGCAGAUGAACCGCCUGCCCGGAGGAAAUGAGAUCGGCAUGGUGGCUUGGCGUAUGACCAUCCGCACCCCGGAGUACCCGCUCGGGCGCGAGAUCAUCGUCAUCAGCAACGACAUCACGCACAAGAUCGGCUCGUUCGGGCCGCAGGAGGACGUGCUCUUCCUGCAGGCGUCGGAGAUGGCCCGCGAGUGCGGCAUCCCACGCAUCUACAUCGCCGCCAACAGCGGCGCCCGCAUCGGCCUGGCCGAGGAGAUCCGCCAUAUGUUCCACGUGGCCUGGCAGGACCCGGUUGACCCCUAUAAGGGCUUUAAGUACCUGUACCUGACACCGCAGGACUAUAAAAAGGUGUCUGCUCUGAACUCUGUGCAUGUUGAGCAUGUGGAGGAUGAGGGCGAAUCGAGGUACAAAAUCACUGACAUCAUCGGGAAGGAGGAGGGGCUUGGAGUGGAGAACCUGCGCGGUUCCGGAAUGAUUGCCGGUGAAUCUUCUCUGGCCUAUGAUGAAGUCAUCACCAUGAACCUGGUGACGUGUCGAGCCAUUGGGAUCGGGGCUUACCUGGUCCGCCUGGGCCAGAGAACCAUCCAGGUGGAGAACUCCCACAUCAUCCUCACGGGGGCCGGCGCCCUCAACAAGGUGCUGGGGCGCGAGGUGUACACGUCCAACAACCAGCUGGGCGGUGUGCAGAUCAUGCACAACAACGGUGUGACGCACAGCACAGUGUGUGACGACUUUGAGGGAGUCUACACACUACUGCAGUGGCUCUCCUACAUGCCAAAGUGCACUUCCAGCCCAGUGCCUAUCCUCUGUGCCAAGGACCCCAUUGACCGGCCGGUGGAGUUUGUGCCAACCAAAGCCCCCUAUGACCCGCGCUGGAUGCUGUCGGGGAAGCCCAGUCAGAGCUCUAAGGGGGCGUGGGUGAGUGGAUUCUUUGACCAUGGCUCCUUCCUGGAGAUCAUGCAGCCGUGGGCUCAGAGUGUGGUAGUGGGCAGGGCUAGACUUGGUGGAAUACCCACCGGAGUGGUUGCCGUGGAAACCAGAUCCGUGGAGCUGUCCAUCCCGGCGGAUCCGGCUAAUCUGGAUUCGGAGGCCAAGAUCAUCCAGCAGGCUGGCCAGGUGUGGUUCCCAGACUCAGCGUUUAAGACGGCGCAGGCCAUCAAGGACCUGAACCGCGAGGGACUGCCACUGAUGGUGUUCGCCAACUGGAGGGGCUUCUCUGGGGGCAUGAAAGACAUGUACGACCAGGUGCUGAAGUUCGGGGCCUACAUCGUGGACGGCCUGAGGGAGUACCGGCAGCCGGUGCUGGUCUACAUCCCCCCGCAGGCCGAGCUCAGGGGGGGCUCCUGGGUGGUGAUCGACCCCACCAUCAACCCGCGCCACAUGGAGAUGUACGCCGACAAGGACAGCCGCGGUGGUGUGUUGGAGCCUGAGGGCACGGUGGAGAUCAAGUUCAGGAAGAAGGACCUGGUGAAGACCAUGAGACGAGUGGAUCCCGUGUACAUGGGCCUGGCGGAGAAACUUGGAACCCCUGAGCUGAACGUCUCGGAACGCAAGGAGCUAGAGAGCCAGCUGAAGGAACGGGAGGAGUUCUUACUGCCCAUCUACCACCAGGUGGCGGUGCAGUUUGCCGACCUCCACGACACACCUGGCCGCAUGCAGGAGAAGGGUGUCAUCACGGACAUUCUGGAUUGGCGGACUUCGCGGCACUUCUUCUACUGGCGCCUGCGGCGUCUGCUGCUGGAGGACACGGUGAAGAGGAAGAUCCAGGCGGCCAACAGCGAGCUCACCGACGGCCAGAUCCAGGCCAUGCUGCGCCGCUGGUUCGUGGAGGCAGAGGGAGCCGUCAAGGCUUAUCUGUGGGACAGCAACGAGGAGGUGGUGGACUGGCUGGAGAAGCAGCUGGCGGAGGAGGAAGGGGCGCGCUCCGUCGUCGACGAGAACAUCAAGUACAUCCGCAGGGACCACAUCCUCAAACAGAUCCGCAGCCUGGUGCAAGCCAACCCAGAGGUUGCCAUGGACUCCAUCGUUCACAUGACUCAACACAUUUCGCCGACGCAGCGCGCAGAGGUGGUGCGCAUCCUCUCCACCAUGGACGCCCCCGCCGCGUCAUCGUAGAGACGCUCAGCGCUUUGGUUGCCCCCCCCCCCUACAGAAUGGGGAAUACUGGUAAACUCCGGCUGGAGGAGCCAACAUGUCACCCUACAGAACACUGUUGCACUGUUGGCUAUGAGCCUAGAGAAGAGAGAGGACAUGGAUAUGAAAUGUUCCAGGCAAAAUAAAAGCCCUGGAAGGUAAAAAAAAAAAAAAAAAAGAAAGAACUAUUGAAAUAAUAGUUCUGGGAUUCAGAACGGUGUGCACAUAUAGACAUGUAGUCUUAAAGGUGUUUUUUACUCUCCAGUGCAUCUUUAUGAUAGGUCAUAUAUACUGCAGAUUUAGUCAGAGUGGAUUAAAAAAACUGAAGAAGAAAAAAAACAAAGUAGUCUAAAAUAGCGUUUGACAAUUCCUACUUAGCAAAUAGCAAUUAACAAGGGAGUCAUUUAAAAUCAUAAGUCAAAGGCUGAGACGCCACCCUCAAAGAACAAAAGAUAUAUUACAGAAGAAGGAGAAGAAGAAGAAAAAAAAGAGAAAAAAAGGCUAUCAAGGGAACUGUGUUGGGUUUUUUGGUUUAGUUUUUCUUUCUUUUUUACACGGGGGUGUGUGUGUGGAGUCGCUGAACGUGUCUGCUACGGUCAGAACAUGGGGGGGGGGGGUGCAGGAGAGCUGGGAGGAGAGAUUAGCGCACCUUGGGAAAGAGCACUUCAUUAAUGAUCAAACACUGAGAGCGUGAACAGGCAUGGUGAUCAGCGCCAUCCGAGAGACACACACACACACACACACACACACACACACACACACACAGGGACACACACACACACACACACCCACAGGGACUCACACAAGAGGCUAGUCCAGAAGGGCCCCCUAUUCAAGUGUGUCACACACACACACACACACACACACACACACACACACACACAAAUAAAUCCCACCAUUAAUAGAAGCAUAUGCACCUUACCUUGCAAUGCAUUCUUACAACUACAUUUACUCAGUGGUUUGUUUUUGUUGUCAUUCUCUAUCUGCCAUACAAAUUGCACAAAUUACAUUUGGCAACUACAUGGAGUUCUGUUGCUUAUUCCAAAAAUGCCGUUCAGCUGGACAUGUGCGCGGCUGUGUGGUCAUUUAACCUAACGAAAAUGUUUUCUAAAGUACAAACAUUCCACACUGUAAAACUAAUUUAUUAAAACGGCAGCAAUGGCAGGUUACUGUUCACUGUAAUUUAGACGUGCAACAUGAAAAAGCAGGUUUCAAGCUUGUGUCAUUAUAACUGCUCUUUGACAUGCACUCAUCUCAUCGUACUAAAUGCAAAAUAAAUAAAUAAAUGAAUAAAUAAUCAUAUAACAAAUAAUCAAUUGUUACUACUUAAGAGGAGAGGAACGCUUAACUAAUGACCUGAAGAGACAUGGUGCUGAGAGUUACAUGUUUGAUGAUCCUCGGCGGUUGUACUGAUGGGAAAGGGCUGUGGAGCUCAGCCUGGGUUGAGUAGUGUUGCGACACACACACACACACACUACAGUGACGUCCGUCGUCAUCGCCGCGUGGCCGCGUGACGGUAGCCACUUCUGCCAGAUAGCCUCAUAGCAAGUUAGCAUUUCCGUGUAAAUUUUCUACUUGAUGCAAAGGAUAGGUCAACGGUUACUGGGACCUGGGUGAGAUUGUGCUGUAAUGCUGUAAAGACCCGUCUGACACGGAUCAUGAUCAUGAUUACUGAAGAGAUGCAGAUGGCCGUGUACUGUAUGUGUCAAAUGGACCGUGUAUAUGUGUUUACUGUGGCCAACUCUGAGUUGCCUCUGUAACUUUUAAUAAAGUCAUACAUAUAACA